AUGGCAGAAGGCGAACCAUCGUACAUAGACUACGAGGUCUUCUUAGAUCCAGCAUUCUCGCCGGCCUCCUUUGCCAACUCGCUGGUCGUAGCUACCAACAAUGCAACGGACAGCCCACUGGAUCUCUCAACCCCUUUGUCGCGGGUCCUCUUUGACCUCCAGGAGAUUGACACACACAUUCACACAUUGACCAGCAAGUCCGCUUUGCCCCUCCUGUCACAUACGCGGGAUCAAACAGCAGCCGCUGGGAAGAUCCUCCAGCAAUCAGAAGAGCAGAUCGCUGCAGUUACGCAGGUGUAUGAGCGAUUGGAACGGGAAGUGCUGCGCAAGUGGGAGACGGCUGACGAGGCACGGCUAGCGGCAGAAAAAUCAUUGGCGACGGUGCGGCUAGCAAGAGCGGUUGGACGGUGCCUGAACCUGGGGAGACAGCUGGAGAGCCAAUUGGCGGAGAUGAAUGGACGUGGUGGCGCUACUGCUACGACUACUAGUGUUGAGGCUCCGGGACGAGAAGACUUCCGCGCUCUGGAACGCGCGGCGUACACGAUUCUGAACCUGCGACGGAUGUUUUUGGCCACAGCAGAGGGGGAAGAAGGCCAUGGGCUGGACCGGGUGAAGGUAGUGCGCACGUUGCGGAGUGAUUUGCUUAACCCGGCGGAGAGUUUGGUAAAAUCCCGCGCGCAGCAGGCCAUCAAUCGAUUCUCCAUGUCGUCUAUCUCCGCGGGAUCGCAAGCGCCGUCAGGAUACAAGCAGGCACGGGAUACGCGAGCGCGAGUGACGUCGGCAAUUACGACUCUGUAUAUACUGUCUCCCAUGCCGAAGACCAUGAUUCCGGCAACCGAGUAUCGACCGGAAUUGCUCCAAUCGACACUCCAUGGUUACAUGCAUACGGCCAUCGGGACCUCCUUGACGGCACUGUCCCGGGCGUUUACCAUGCUCCCUACAUUAGAGCGCACGCUCUCGGAUCUUUCUGCACGCUGUCAGGACAUCGUGGCACUGGAGUACAUUCUUGGCAAUACAAAACUACCUUCUCAUCCAAUGCUAUUAUCUGGCUUGGAGGGAGAGAACACAGAGGCGCAAGCGCCCAGGAAAAGCGCCAACCUACUUCAACUGGUUCUAACCUCGUUGGACACGCCAUCACUGCCAUCGUACUUCUGGCGGUCGCUGGCCUCGUCACUGGCGGGGCGGGUGCAAGAGAUACUGCAACGCGGGGGAGUCUCGGCGCGGGCGCUGCGGUCAAACCGUGACCGAUUGCGGGGCGAUAUCAAAGAUUGUGUGCUGCGGGGAUCACAGCUUCCAACAGCAUCAGGCAUGGUGGAUAAGGGGAGAGGGGAGGAGGGGUUGACAGUUGGUAAUUGGGAACGGGAGGCGGCGGUGAUGGUCAGUUCGGUGGCCGGCGCUUUAUAA